AGGCGGAAAACAGAUAUUGCAUACCUUAUCAAUCGAACGUUUAUACUUGCAUUCAUUCGAAGUUAAACCAUUAAAUGUUUGGCUGCCAAUGGCAUUCGAAAUGAAGUGGAGGGUCUGCAUAAGUUUAUUUAUUCAUCUCUCCUGCAUCCAAGGAAAACCGCCUCACAUUAUCUUUUAUUUAGUCGAUGACCUUGGAUGGAACGACGUAACUUAUCACGGAUCUUUACAAAUACCGACUCCGAAUAUUGACGUUUUGGCUGCUAAUUCGAUACUCUUAGAUAAUUAUUACGUUCAACCCAUAUGCACCCCAUCAAGAGCUGCGUUACUUACUGGAAAACAUCCAAUACAUUUAGGUCUGCAGCAUCUUGUUAUUCGCACUGCUGAGCCAAGUGGAUUACCAUUGGAUGUGAAAACUUUACCUCAAUAUUUGAAAAAAUUUGGUUAUCGAAGUCACGGCGUUGGAAAGAUUAUCGAAUCUAACUGUCGCGAGAGAGAGAGAGUUACAGGAUAUUCGCGUGUGGAUAAAUACCUUAUAGAGAAGUCGAGGAUUGAUGACUGGAUGAUUCUCCGUCAGGAUUCUUGGGGUGUUGGAUGGAAUGUUCUUGAUAUUUAG